AAUCUCACUUUCCUUUACUUUACAAAAAAUUUGCAUGUGAUGAUGAAUUUUAUCCUAAUUUUUAUUUUUAUUUUAAUUCUUGAAACAAACAUAAACAAAUAAUCGAUAAUCAAAUUAAAAACGUUUAGAAUUAAGAAUUUAUCUAAUAUUUGAUAGCAUGGAAGUCUGUUUCUGGUGAUCGUUUUGAAUAUAAGUAAUUUAUAGUGGAGACUUUUUGAACAAAUUUUUAUUUGGGGUUUUUUAGAUUAAAAAUUUUAAUACUGCUGGUGCAUUCCAAAAAUAUAUCGGGGUUGUUUCAUUUGACUCAUUUCAUGUUCAGUUUUGGUAAUUGCAAAGUCUGCAAGAAGUGGAGCUAAUCCCUGAACCUUUUCGCCAAGAAUGGAACCACUAGAAACUCAACCAUCUGCUUCGCGAGAAGUGGGUAAUAGCCCUUCAAAGCAAAAGGGCAGCAAUAAAAAAGAUAGGACUAGAAGUUCUACCAAAAAAGACAAAGAAUUGAGCGACGAACUACCCAUCGCCUUUUCUGUUGAGCCGGAGAUUAUUAAAGAAGAAAAUGAAGAAGAAAUUCCACCCCCAGAAAUAUUGCGAUGCCUCGUCUGCUACAGCUUUAUUGAUGAGGAUAACAUAAAAUCUCUCGUCAAUUAUACGACUGGGAAGCAAAUGUACAAAGUGUUAAAUGUAAAGCUGAAAAAGCAAGAUGAACAAGAUAUGCUCGCUUUUAAACCACCAAUUUGUCCAAUUUGUUGCGAAAUUGUGGACAAAGUUAAUGAAUUUUUGGCCCGGUUGGAAGAGCUAGAGAAAUCAAUGAGUGAAUUAAGGGAACAAUUGCUUAGCAAAUUGAUGACUAGUGCCGAAGACCCUGAAGCUGAAGACGGAAUGGCAUUUAAGAAUAAUACAAUGUUAAACGUGGAGAUGAUUAGGAAUGAUGUCUUAUCAAGUAUCAGAAAUCACACAGCGAAAAAGAAGACAGGCCGACCUCCCAGUAAAAAGAGUGGAAUUCCUUCCAAAGACGAAUCGUAUAUUUUGCCAGAUAACCCAUUUGUCUUAACUGAAAACCUUUCCGAGGCAAAUGAAGUGAAGACGUCAAAAACCGGACGCGUCAUCAAACCUCCCAAACGACUCAUGAUGCUGUGUUCCACACUUGUUGAGAGAAAGGAAAACGAUGAAGAAAUAAUUAAAUUACAGCAAUCUGAUAACGAAAGUGAUGAUGAAAAUUAUAUGGUACCAGAUCCAGACUGGUUUCCGGAGAGUGGAAAAAAUGAGGAUGGAAUAGAAGAACAUGGCGACGACGAAGCGACGUACAACGACGAUGAUGAUGACGACGACGAAGAGGAUGCUGAUUACGAAAUUGACGAAGCACCAAUAACCACUAGAAAGCGACGCAAGAAAUCAAUUCCUCCCUCAAAAAGAAAAUCCAAAAAACGUAAAAUAGUAGUGACAAAAACUAAAAAAGAUCUCGCACCGCCACCGGUUAAGAGGAGAAGAAGGAGAAAGAAUGACAAUCCUCAAGUUAACACGAUUUCAAUCAAAGUCGUACUCCCCAGUGGAGAGGAAGUAUUGGGAUGCUAUGUCAAAGAUGAAACUGAUGACAAUAAAAUCACACCGGGCAGCGUGAUCCCACAAUCUGACAAUUUACCUGGAGUUAGAAUUAUAUGCCCCGAAAAUAGAUGCAAUAAAAUGUUUCGAUUCGUCGAUAAGAUGCACAUGCAUGUGAAGAAAGUUCACCAAGGAAUAUCCGAUCCGUUCGAUUGCCCGAUUUGUCGAAGAGGUUUUCCAUCCAUGCGCUAUUUGAAGAUUCAUGUGAAGCAACAUGGCGAAAAUAUUCCUGACUGGUUGAAAGAUCCUAAACGAAUAUAUUCAUGCACUUUUGAAAAUUGUCUGCAACAAUGCAAAAGUCGGAACGACCUGAGUAUCCACAUUCGGUUGAACCAUACGCAUGAGAAGCCAUUUACUUGUGAUGUUUGCCAAAUGGGAUUUGUCAGUCUUCCCAAAAAAGAGAGUCACAUUGAGACAAAUCACCCCGAAGUUACUCCGUUGAAAUGUAGUAUGUGUCCAAGAGGAUUUUUUCGCGAAUAUCGGCUCAACGCUCAUAAGAGAUUCCAUACUGGCGAGAGAUCUUAUCUCUGCGAAAUAUGCAGUAAAUCCUUUUCUCAACAAUCCUACUUGAAAUACCACCAAACCAAACAUAAAGAGUUGGACCUUGAGCCCUAUAAAUGCCCCCAAUGCGACAAGACGUUUGCCACUCCAAUCAAUCUUCGAAUCCACGAGAGGACCCAACAUUACAACGAGUAUCGAUUUCAUUGCGAAGUUUGUAAUCAUGGGGCCGAUCACAAGAGUCAUUUGCGCCUCCACAUGCUCACCCAUUCGGGCGAACGACCCCAUGCUUGCGACGUCUGUAAAAAAACGUUCACGAGAGCAUCCCAGCUCACGAUUCAUAAGAGAUCCCAUACAGGCGAAAGACCAUAUUCCUGCGGAACUUGCGAUAAAACAUUUACCAACUCGAGUAAAUUACGCCGUCAUGAAAUCAUCCACUCGCAAGUAAAGCCUCAUAUUUGCAAAUUUUGCGACAAAGGAUUUUCUCAGAUGACCAAUCUAAACUCUCAUAUCAAAUCUACUCACCGUAAAAUAACCGAGAAACCUGAGAAGCCUGCUGUCAAGAAAGAAGAUGAAACUGACAACAAUAAGGAGCUCGUCAUAGUUGAAUCUCUUUCUUCACAAGAUAACCCCGACCAGACCGUUUAUCACCAAUCUCAAGUCUUUGGAAUUCACGAGUCUCCUAAUUUUACAAAUAUUCCGAUUCAGUUCCAAGUUGUGGGGGAGGCUGGGCUAGAGGGGGACGGGUCAUAUGCAGAGUUUAUUAUAGUCAAUCAAAUCUAGUAGAAUUUAGCCAAUUUUAUAUUGAAACAGUUGCAUGUAUUUAGUAGUUUUUUUUAAAUAGAUACGCAGAAAUAAUUAUUCAUAUCAUAUCAUAAUGUCGAAACUUUUGGUUGUAUUUAAAUCCAUUAUAGACAAGUUGCCAAAUUGCUGUUGAGUUUUAUCAUAUUUGCCACAAUUCGAAUUCCAAGAAUAAAUCCGUUAACAUUUUA